AUGCCUCUGAUGAACAUCAGGAAUAGGGCAGUACAAAAUUUAAAUCCAGAGGAUCUUAAUGUUGGAAUUACAGAAAUUAAAAUUUUCAAAUCUGGCUUAGAGUAUGUAAAUGCCAAGGCUUUCCACAAUCUGACAGGCCUAAAAGAACUGAAUUUGGCACAGAAUGGACUAACUGACUUUCCAGAUAUAUCCAAGAAUUCUCUCCUGGAAGAUCUUGAUUUGUAUGCAAAUAAAAUUCAGUUGUUCAGCCACAACUUCACCAGUCUGCCAAAGGCCUUGAAGAGAAUUAUUAUGAUUGACAAUGAGAUAGACUGGAUUCCCAAUGAAUGGUUCAAUUUGCCAAACCUUGAAUACCUUGCGUUAAGCAAGAACAGGUUGAAAAAGUUUCCUUCAGCUUCCUUCAUAAACUGCCGCUCACUGCUGUACCUGUCAGUUGAUCAGAAUGAAAUUGGCAGUCUUACGGUUCCAAACAUGCAACCCUUCUUUGGAAAUGACUCUGCACUUGUUCAUCUGAAUGUGAGCAACAAUCAAAUCUCUUCUGUAACAACUGGGACAUUCUCUAACUUGAUCCACCUUAAAGUUCUUGAGUUACAUAUGAAUCACCUGGAAAUCAUUGCCGCUAAGGUCUUCUAUGAAAUACCAGAGUUGCUGCAUCUUGAUCUCAGGGGGAACAGACUGAAAACUAUCACAGCUGAAGGCUACAGCAGUCCAUUUGAGAGUCUUCCAAAACUGAAAGUGUUAAUUCUGAUGCAGCAGGAAAGUUCUUACCAAACUGAGCAUGUUAUGUUCAAUGCCUUCAAGGACCUCCCCGCUCUGGAAGAUUUAUGGUUGAACGACAACCUCUUGAGCAACUUUCCCCAUCCAGCUUUGUCGCAGACGUCACAACCAUUACCAUCCCUUAUUUACUUGCAUCUGGAAAAUAACAACAUCAACUCAUUGUCAAGUUUUGCCAGUACAGAUUUUUCACCUUUUCUUCAAGACUUCCAUGCGAGUCAGAAGAGUGUCCACAAGGCAUUUGAAAGACUUUCGACUCUGCAGAGAUUAUAUGUUCACGGGAAUGAAAUAUCCAGCAUUGAAGAGGAAGAUCUUUGGUACCUCAGUAAUGUUCAGCAGCUCUACCUGUCAAGAAAUCGGCUUUCUAAUUCUACAGUACAUGCUGAAGCAUUCAGGAAUCUAACCAGUUUAACAAGACUGGAUUUAGACAGAAACAGCUUCCAUUAUGUUCCAACUGCUGUUCAAGGGAAGAGUCAUCUUCCAGUCAUCAAUGAAUUAAGUUUGUACUUCAACUCUCUGACGUACAUCCUGAAAGGAACUUUCACAGAUCUUGAUACGUUGCGUUCCCUGUAAGUCUAACAUAUUUACUAAUCCCUGAUACACUCCUUAAAUAUAUUGUGAAAGGAAUAGGGACCAUUCCUUUUGUUGCAGUAACUUAAUAUA